AUGGUACAGACGCAUAGCGUUCCUUUAUACCCCCACAGCAGGGCCAUUUACCGGGUAGACUCUGUGGCCAUAGAUGUGCUAGAUAGAGGCAGUCCAUUCACGUUUGUCCUAGUUCAUGGGCAUUGCUCGAACAAGCACGCAAUCUUCUUUGAUGCAAUCUUUGAAAGGUCUCCCCAUAAUGUGGUCCGAUUUGACUCUCCAGGACAAGGGGAUGCACCGGGUACAUACUCCCUCUCUUAUGCGGAUGAGGUUGACGUUCUAUCCUCAGUCCUUGAUCACCUUAAAGAAUACAUACAGGAGUGGGGGUUAAGCCGCACGGUGCUUGUGGGCCACUCGCGGGGAGCAAAUAUAUCUCUGUUGUACAUCCAAAGGUUGGUGUUGCAGUGUCCUGAGCAGCCUGAGCUACCUUAUGUCGUGGUUGUCUCGGGGCGCUUUGAUCUCUCCGGAACCUUAACCAGUCAACUCACACCUGAAGAAGUUCUACAAUUAGAGAACGGCCACGAAUUUACAAAAGCGUUUCCAGGUUGCAGGUGUCCUCUACUAGUGACACCAGCAUUCAUAUUGGAACGCAGGAGCAUCCAACUGGGAGACGCAUGCCGUGUUCUCAGUCAAACAGACAGACUUGCAGUACUUCAUGGUACAAAUGAUCGGGCUGUUCCUCCGCAGGAGAGCUCUCUGAUGGUCCAGUUUUAUUCUGAGGAAAAGAAGAGGAGCAGGCUGAGACUUGUGGAUGAGGCUACACACAACUGGAAAUACAAGCUCGAAGAAGGAUAUCAUGCUUUCUGCGGACUUAUAGAGGGACUACUUGUUGCUCACAGAAAAGACUAG